AUGGUGAUUUCAGAGCACGAGCCCGUUUGCACCAAUCCGCGGGGCAGAGCGUCCAAGAAUCAGCCAAUGGCGUUUUGGCUGGAGGCGAACGUCCUCUAUAAAGAGCCGGUGCGGCACGUGGGCCUCAGGCGUGGAAAGGCAAUAGUUAAAUCCCAUCACCUCUCAAGCAGCUUUGAGAAAAAUACAUUUAAUAAAAUUGCCGUUAAUGUAAUUGCUUCAAAUAACUACCCUGAAACUGGGAUCAUGGAACACAGAGUUGAAAAAGAUGCAGAUACAUCACCCAUCUUGAAUGUAUCACAAGAGCCAGCACGUUUCCAAAAAUAUGAGCUUGAUAAUACCUGCAGUGAUCUUCAAACAGGAGCCAAGUAUUCAAUUUCAAGCCAGUCAUGUUACUUAAGUGCCUCAUGUUUAAACUUAACAAAAGAGAACCUAAGUUACUUUAGUUCAUCACUCAAUGAAGAAUUUAAAUAUGUACAUGAACAGCAACACAACAUUUCAAGUGCAGUGGAAAAUACAAAUGGAAUAGAAAUUAAUACAGAUUCCUCCUAUUUUAAGGAGAAUGAGAGUGAAUACAAAUGCAAUUAUUUCGAUGAUGACUCCCAGUUAGAAUACCACAGCACUGAAGAACAAGAUUAUGUUGAUUGUGACUGUUCAUAUAGGCAGGAAACAGAGAAUUCAGAGAUUUUUCAAGAAAAUGAACUGGUAAAUGAAGGUAGUGUUACAGAUAACCAGCAGCUAUUGAACAAAGUUGAAGAUACAUUUUCUACAUCAGGUUGUAUUGUUAUGGACCAUUACAAUUGCAAAGAAAUAGCAACAUUCCCCCAGAUGCUUCAAGAUGUCAGUUGUACAGAGAAUCAGUAUAUUCACUUAGAUGAAAAAAGAAAUGAAAGUCUUAGCAUGUUUUAUAGUAUUGUUGAAGAUUCAUCUCAUGUUAAUAAAGAAAAAAAUAAUUCGGAAUUAUUUUUGACUAGCAAAGCUGAGAUAGAAGAAAAGAUUAAAGUAAAUUUUCUUACUGAUACAGCACUGAAAUCUAUUAUGCCUACUACUAAAGAAAUGUUUAAAAAUAUAUAUCUAAAUAAAACUGGAAAUCCACACAUAUUAUGCCAGGAGAGAAUUUUACUGCCUUUUCCUCAGGUUUCUCAUAAUCCAGAAGGUUCAAAUUCAUGCGCCUACAAACCAUCAGUUGUAGUUAAUGCUGACAUAGAGAACUGUGUCUACAAUUCCUGUGAGCAUCAUGGAAAUUGCACUGAGAAUUUUUCUAGCGCAGAAUUGAAACGUAUCACAAAUAUGUAUCAUGAAUCUGGUAAAAAUCUUCGAAGUGCAGUUAACCAAGCUACUGAUGCAACUGCUGAUUUUAGAGCUAGUUUUACAACAAGCCGAGCCAUUAAUGUCAAGAGUUCAGUGGUAUCUAAGGCACAAAACACUGUGAUAACAAUGAUGAAUAAAUGUAGGCCCAGGGAAUGGCUGGGUCCAGAAAUAAUGCCUGUAAUGGCUGACUACAGAAGUGUUGCCUGUAAUACAGACUGGUCGUGUAUAUCUGGCAAUGUGGAGAUGAUUGACUCACAAAUAGCAAUAUCUGAUAUAUUGGAAGAUUGUAUUACUAGUGAUGCAUCAAAACAUGGAUGGAAGUCAAACCCUGAGGAUCCUAUGGAAUGGAGUAAUAGCAGUAGCAAAGAUUUGAAUGAAAUUCCAUACAGGAUGAUGCAGCUAUCAAAAGAAAUAAAUCAUUUGCCAAACUGUUGUAAAGAAAUGCUACAGAAAGCCAUCAAAGCUGAAAUGCAGCUUUUAAAACUUCGUUAUCAGAUGUUUCAUCAGCACUGCUGGCAGACUUGCAGACUUUUUAUGAAAGGAAAGGAAAAUAUAUGCAGUUCUCCACUUGGAACUGGAAAACCGUUAUCAGAAACGUUAUCGUCACAAGAUAAUGAAGUAUCUUCACUGCACUUUAUUACAGCACAAAAAAAUGAAAACAGUGACCCUCAGCAGUGCCUUUCCAAGAAGAACUUGGAGGAGAGAAAAAACAGUAUUGAAGAGAAAAGUUCUUUAAAUACACAAGAAAUCAGUGAAGAGUGGUUUGAUGCUACAGAGAACCCAACAACAAUUGAGUCAUCAGUUUUGUGUACAGACCCUCUAAAGUGGUCUGCAACAGAAACACAGGCAAUAGAAGAAGAAAAAAAAGGAUUGAAAAACAAUUAUUGUGUCCAUGUUGGUGGUCUGAGUCCUUCAAUAUCAGAAGUUGACCUUUGGCUUCAUUUCCAGAAGUAUAACAUUUCUGAGGUUUCUGUUUGUGAGUAUUCUGAAAAUUACAGAUAUGCAUUUCUUAGUUUUAAAACAUCCUGUGAUGCAAAGUUGGCUGUGAAAGAAAUGAAUGAGAGAGAAAUAAAAGGAAAAGCAAUGAAAGUUCGACUUGUAAGGACAGUUAGGGAAAAUGGAAUCCAAGAUUAUCAGAACUGUUUGAAACAAAAGUAUGAAAAUCAAAGGCCGCUUUCUAAAAGGAGACACAAAUAUUGGAAAAACUCUGAUCCAAUUUUGGAAGUUCCUGCUAGAACGUCGGCUACAUUCAUACUGCCUCCAGAUGAACCCUUCUCUUUAAAAAAUUCUGAUGUCUCCAAAGAUGAGUUGAAGUCACCGUUCCCUGUUUUGCCAUUGGCAAAUGUUCCCAGACUUGCCUCAGGCUCUUCAGAAGUGCCCAGUUCUGACAUCGUAUCUUCUAAAUCUUCAUCAAGGAAAGCACCCUUUGAAGUAGAUCAAGAGGAUAUUGCAGAGGGCCUCUUGCCUUUUGGCUCAGUACAGUUUACUCCAAAUCCAUCAUCUACUUUUAUACCUCCAAAUACAUUAAACUUAAGGAGUUUCCGCAAAGUAGUAAAGAAACUGGAAGAGUUACAUCCAGAGAUUAGUAGAGACAACAUUUUGGAUGCUUUGGUAGAGAUAAAAGAAAACAAGGGUCAGCUUAGUGGUUUACCCCUAAGCACAAUUGUUCAGAUGACAUCAUCUCUCCUGAAUAAGAAAUUUGCAUCCCAAUCUGAAAAAAAGGAAUCUGAGAAAUAAACAAACACUUGUGGAUUUCCUGACAUGUCUUCAGUUUACAGCCAUUUUACUUUAUCUCUAAAGAAGCCACUUUUGCAGAUUUGAAACAAUCAGUUGAAGAGUAUUGAAAACCAUGAACCUUCUACAGCAUUUGAAUUUAAACAAGAGUAAAACAUUAAUUUAGGAAAGACGAGUUGCUAGAAAAUGCUUCUGUUUUCACUGUUCAUGUUGUAAUUAGAACUUGGAACUGCAAGGAAAUGACCUAAUGUUUAAUCCUUGCUUCAAACUCGGAGCAUUAACUUUAAUUCAUCAUUUUGUUACCCAUGUUGUCAACUACUGUAAAACAAUAUUAAAAAUAAGUGAACUUUAUAUGGUUAAAAUAUGUAACUGCAAUUUAAAUAGUUGUUAUAGUAUGGUUUAUUUUAUGUUAGUUGAAUUA